CUCCAGCUGAAGGAGAGGAGCGCCGCUGCGCCGCUGCUUCUGCUCCUUGUGUUCUCUCAGCUGCUGCAAGGGGCUGGGAGAGGGUUUCACAGUCACAGGGGUAGUGACGCUGAGAGGCUUAAAACAGGAAAAGGCAAGCUCAGAUCAUGCCCAAGAACCACUUUUACAGCUCCCUCCUUGGCUCCUUCAAGCAUGGGGAAAGGCAGACAGACAGGGACAGCACUUCUAAGUUUUUCCAGUAUGGCUGGAGGUGCACCACCAAUGAGGAUGAUUACUCAAACAAAACCCUUAUUGGGAACUGGAAUGAGGAGCGCUACGAUAUACAGAAAAUUGUACAGCCCAAGCCCCUUCCUUCCCAGUACUCUCACUGCUUUGAAACAACAUACUCUUCGGAUUACAGCAAGGAAAAGCGUCAGAGAACAAGAAGAUUUGGACGAGAACCUCACUGGUUUCCAGGCCACCAGCCUGAACUGGAACCUCCUUCAUAUAAAUCAACUGCACAGUCCUGCUACAUGAUAGACUACAGGCCUCCAUAUGGCACCAAUUUAUUUGCUCUUGUCCCAGAUUCAGGGCAGGAACAAGAAAGAUACAGCAGAUGUGGAGAGAAUCUGCAGACUAUGCCUUCAGAAUAACAGGAGGCCUGUCUGCUAGCAGUGCUACAAGGAUAUCCUUCAAGAAAAAAAAAAAAAAAAACACUUGCACAUUAAAACUAAAUAUAGAAUCAUGUGAAA